CCAGAGGCAAAGCGUCAGAAAGCAGCGCGUUGCUGCAGCUGCUGAUGCGCUCCUGUGACGCGGUGUGACUUCACACGGAGGCUGGAGGAGACGCCAACGCUCCGCGCUGCUCUCCCCUCGACUCCUCUCGGUCUGUGGGCGACCAUCAUCCUGCACAAAGCCGGAGGGAUGGAAGCUGCGGGCGCGUACGGCGCCAGGAAAGCCGGGAGCGUCAGUUUUGACCCGGUUGCGUUCUUCACGCAUCCCCGCACCAUCUUCAGACUGCUGUCGUGGGUCUUCUCCAUAGUGGUGUUCAGCUGCAUUGUCAACGAAGGCUACAUCAACAUUGGGAGUGAGCGUUUGCUCUGCGUCUUUAAUAACAACGCUGAUGCCUGUAACUAUGGACUCACGCUGGGUGUGGGCUGCUUCCUUGGCAGCCUCUGCUUCCUGGUCCUGGACUUUUACUUUCCUUCCAUGAGCAACAUAAAGGACAGAAAGCGUGCCGUUCUGCUGGACCUUAUAUUCUCUGGUCUGGCCAGCUUUCUGUGGUUUGUUGGCUUCUGUUUUCUGGCGAAUCAGUGGCAGGCGACCUCUCCAGAUCAGCUGCCAUUGGAUCAGGGUUCGGACGCCGCCAGAGCCACCAUCGCUUUCUGCUUCUUCUCCAUCCUUACAUGGGCUGUGCUGACCUUGAGUGCCCUUCGACGCUACUUAACUGGCAGCAACACAAACUUGUUCACUUGGCAGCAUCUGGAACCAUACCCACGCAAUGUUCGAGCGACACCGUAUCCUAUCCCCAACGGCACCACCAUAGUAACCACCAAUCCUUAUCAAGCCCCACCCUUCACUGAAACCCUGGACCCACAGAAACUCACACAACAAAGACCCAUGGCUCCCGCCUUCUAGAGAGGAGCUUGGAAAAAGCACGAGGGGUGUGAGCUGAUUGAGUUCACUCACGACGCAGGCACAGGCAACUUCCAUCCUCUCUGGGGCUUGACAGGAUGUUAGAUUUACUGUUACCAUGGUAACUGCUGACGGAGUAGUUAGUCGUAACCCUCUUUGUCAAGACUAGUGUCCUCUGUUCACUCGAUGCACGCAGCUGUAUUCUUACCCACCACCAGUAACAGCUACACACACACAUCUGGAAACACACAGACGCACACACUGCACACUCAUUUAGUGAAGUACAGGCUAACAACGAUGUAGAUCCGCGAUGGCGCUCCAUCUGCAUACUGACGAGACACGGUUGAAGAAAUGUGGAAGCAUUCCAUCUGCUUCUCUCUGCAGUCGCUCUGACCAAUCAAAGACUGCCUUAGGAGAUUCCUGGCCUACCAUUGGCUAAAAUUUAAUAAGUUUGGCCAAUAGAUUUUGAGCAACGUAAAGAGGGGGUCAAAUAUUUCAGAAAAUGUUACGUUUUCUUGGCAGUAGCAUAAAUAGCAGGACUGCUUAAUGCAUUCUGGCUUGUACAAAGUUUUGGUGUGAAAUAUUCAUGUGAUUAAAUAUUUUAUUGUGAUAUGUUGAAGCAAGCAGGAAAAAGACAAUAAAAUCUUUCCACCAGCUUU